AUGCAUUUAGGCGAUAUUAAAGGAGCGUUUUUGGAGGCCGGGCCUAUUCCAGACAAGUACAGACCGCUCUUCGCGCAUCAGCCGCCGGGAGGAAUCCCCGGCCUAGAUCCAAAUGAUGUAGUGGAAAUCCUAGGCAACCUUUAUGGUGCCAAUGACGCUCCGUCACAGUGGUACCGUGAGUUUGAUGCUCAGGCUCGCGCCGCGGGAUUCACCAAAAGCAUGUUUGAUCCCUGCCUCUACUACUUUCGUGACUCCUCCUCUUCCGCAGUUUCGGGGGUACUGGGCGCCCACGUUGACGACACUAUAACAGGGGGGGAGGGUGAGCAGUAUCAGGCGGCGAUUGCGAAACUGCGUGCGCGUUUUCCGUACCGCAAGUGGCGCACAGGUACCGGUGAGUUUUGUGGCACCAUGUACAAUCAAGACCCUAGGAGCGCCAGCGUCAGAGAGAGAGCACUGAGAGCAGUCAACGGUGCGGCCAACUGGAUCUCCUCCCAGACUCGUCCAGACCUGUGUGUACAGACCUCGUUUUCGCAGCAAUCCUUCCCGACACCCAAAGUGAAAGACCUGUUGUAUGCUAACCAGCUAGUGCAUCGUGCCCGACAAUAUGCCGACGUUAGCAUCACAGUUCGUCAUAUUCCCUGGAAGGAUUUGUGCAUUGUCUUUCACUCAGAUGCCGGGUUCGGUAAUGCUUCCCAGAGCAAGACCCAAGCUGGGUAUGUAGUGGCGUUUACCGAUAAGAAUCUGGAGAAAGAUCAUCAAGCGGUAUG